AUGGCCGGCCAGUAUGAACUCCUCCUCGAAGGCGCCCAGCAGCUGGUGCUCGUCUGUACCAAAGGCGAAAAAUAUCUCCUAGAGUCUGGCAUGCAAAAUCUGGCAGUGUUAGAAAAUGCCAGUGUGGUGAUUGGCAAAGAUGGCUUUAUAAAGGCAGCAGGAGAUGCUGAUGCCAUUCGCAACCAAUUUUCAGGAGUGCCUUUUGAAAAGAUAGUUGAUUGUUCAGGCAAAUGCAUCUUACCAGGUCUGGUGGAUGCACAUACACAUCCAGUAUGGGCUGGUGACAGGGUUCAUGAAUUUGCUAUGAAGUUGGCAGGAGCUUCCUACAUGGAUAUCCAUCAAGCUGGAGGAGGAAUACAUUUCACAGUGGAGCACACUCGGAAAACCUCUGAAGAUGACCUCCUCCGAAGUUUAAAGCAGCGGCUGCUCCGCAUGCUCAGAGGAGGCACCACUUUGGUUGAAUGUAAAAGUGGAUAUGGUUUAAACCUGGAAACGGAAAUUAAGAUGCUCAGAGUGAUUGAAAGGGCCAGGCAAGAUCUGAGCAUUGGUAUAUCUUCUACCUACUGCGGAGCUCAUUCUGUUCCAAAGGACAAAGAUGCCCUUGAAGCCACUGAUGACAUUAUCAACGUCCACCUUCCCAAACUGAAGGAACUUGACCUUAAUGAUGAAAUACAUGUUGACAAUAUAGAUGUUUUCUGUGAGAAGGGUGUCUUUGAUCUAAAUUCUACCAGAAGAAUUCUUCAGGCCGGGAAAGAGAUAGGGUUACAGAUUAACUUCCAUGGGGAUGAACUCCAUCCAAUGAAAUGCGCAGAGCUUGGAGCUGACCUAGGAGCCCAGGCUAUAAGUCAUCUGGAAGAAGUUAGCGAUGAAGGUAUUACUGCAAUGGGCCAAGCAAAGUGUGCAGCUGUCCUGUUACCAACAACUGCCUACAUGCUGAGAUUAAAACAGCCUCAAGCUAGGAAAAUGUUAAAAGAAGGAGUGAUUGUUGCUCUUGGCAGUGACUUCAACCCUAAUGCUUACUGUUGUUCAAUGCCCAUGGUAAUGCAUCUGGCCUGUGUAAACAUGAAGAUGUCCAUGAAGGAAGCUUUAGCAGCUGCUACCAUCAAUGCUGCUUAUGCUCUUGGGAAAUCCGACACUCAUGGCUCCAUAGAGAUUGGCAAACAAGGAGAUCUCCUUAUCAUUAACUCAUCAAGGUGGGAGCAUUUGAUAUACCAGUUUGGAGGCCAUCAAGAACUGAUUGAGUAUGUGAUUGUCAAAGGAAAAGUCAUCUAUAAAAACACAAACAUUCUGGACUACUAA